AUGUUGAAGGAAGCUGUCGCCUCUCAUGCUGGCGAAGGGAAGUGCCUGUGCGACCUCUUGGUCGGGGGUCGCUACUUUGACGACGCCGGAGCAACGCUUGCCACACUGGGAUUGGAGCCGAACACCGGCAUGACGCCCGUGGAGGCAGUCGUACAGAAGCUAGUCGAGCCUGGCACUUACGAAUGUGAGUGGGUGGAAAAGUUCAUGGAGCCGGUUACCUACUCUUGCAAGUUGACGAUUUCCGCCGACUUCACAUUCGUCCUGGAGCAGAGAGCCUCUUUCGAUGAAGAGGCCGCUAUCUCGGAGCCCGGCAAGGUUAAGUACGGGAACAAGUUCGUAUUCAACGCUGUGGAUCCGGUGCAUGCCAUUCGAUGUGACGAGGAGGCGCGCCUGUAUUUGAGCACUGGUUGCUGCCGCACUGCCGACGACGAGCUGCUGUUCGUGCGAAAAGUCGAGCCACAGACGAAUGCGGAAGAAGAAGCAGAGGCUUGCGAGGCCGCAGAGGAGAAGGCUGAUGCUGGGGAUGAUGUGCCGAACUGGGAGAGCUACCUCGACUCCUAA